GGAGAAUCUUCCAUUCAUCUGCAGUUCCAAUCACCCGGCAUUCGUCAAGUUUAAGCUGAAAACACAUGAUUCGCGCUUCACCACCAGUUCGGUGGCACCUGCCGUGGCGCAGCACAAGGCUGACGCACCUGCGCCAUGACGCCGCGCAUAAACUCUGUUGCAGACAUUCACCGGGCAAACACGGUAUUAGUGGAUUUGGUCCUCGGUGUACAUCAUCCAAUUUCAUUCAUUGAUAAUGAGAAGUUACUCAGGAAGUUUCGCGCGUCUUCUAUGAUGACAUCAGCAGAUGCAUAAUCACACCCGUCGCUCAUAUCGCAAUGGUUGAGACGACAAAUGAGACAGCUGCGGCUGCAGCUGCAGCUGCAGAUUCUCAACCCCCAGUUGUCACUUUCAAAAAGCGUGGCGCAAAGGCCAGUCAGAACAUUCGCAAAAGACCAGCACCGCCUCCCGUAUCGCAAGACGACGAUUCUUCCGACUUUUCCUCCUCUGAAGACGAAUCCGGUCACAGGAUAAAGCGCAGAAAGAACAAGGGUGCGGGGGUCGUCUCUGCUUCAUCCGCCACAACCAAGCCUGUCGAUCGGGAACCUGCGACCACCGCCACCGGUGAUGGCAAAGUCCAGCUUGCGGAUACAAACGACGCCACAAAGCAUGUGGACUGGUUCGACGAGGAUUCUAAGGAUGCGCGCUCGUCUAAAACUCAAGCUACCUCAAGUGAGCCGCAGAUGCCGGAUGGCACAUAUAAGGGACUGGCGAACCAGACGUCAUUCAUUAAGAAGAAUCCGAAUGCGCCAAACAGAUCAUUUGGACCGAUCAAGGCGGCGACCAAUAUCCGUACCAUAACGGUGACAGAUUACUCCCCGGAUGUGUGCAAGGAUUACAAGCAGACUGGGUUCUGUGGUUUCGGCGAUAAUUGUAAGUUCCUCCACGAUCGAAGCGACUACAAACAAGGAUGGGAACUUGAUCGAGAAUGGGAGACCGUCACCAAGGGCAAGCAAUUGAAGGGAACAGUGGUCGCGAGUGCCGACCGGACAACGACGGAGAACAAGGACGAUGAUGAAGAGGCUAUGCUGGAAGACAUUCCGUUCGCCUGUUUCAUAUGCAAGGGACCAUACAGGGAGCCUAUUGUCACGAAAUGCGGUCAUUACUUCUGCGAGCAGUGUGCUCUGCAAAGGUACAGGAAGGAUCCAAGCUGUGCAGCCUGUGGAUCCGCCACGAAUGGAUUAUUCAGUACGGCUAAGAGAUUGAAGAAGCUGCUAGAGAGGAAGAGGGAACUUGCGGCGAAGAGGAGACAGGAGGCUAUUGAAGCCGGUGAAGAAGUGAGCGACGAGGAAGAUGAAGAAUGAGAUGCAUGUACAUAAUAUCAUUAGUAGGACGCUCAGGGAGCGCCUUUAUCACUGACAGACACCUUCUGCAAAACUAGUGCUCUUGUGGAC